GCCUGCCGGGCUCCCCGGGGCCGGGCCGCCCCGCUCCGCGCCGCCGCGGGGCCCCGGCUCUCCGCCGGCCGCGGGGGCAUGAGGCGGCGGGCGGCGGGCGGCGGGCGGCGGCGCCGGCCCUUCCCCUGCGAGCCGCCGCCGGAGGAUGAAGCAGCAUGAGGAUGUGUGACAGAGGCGUCCAGAUGCUCGUCACCACGGUGGGAGCCUUCGCAGCCUUCAGCCUGAUGACCAUCGCCGUGGGCACCGACUACUGGCUCUACUCGCGCGGCGUGUGCAGGACUAAGUCCGUGAGCGACAACGACACGAGCCGCAAGAACGAGGAGGUGAUGACCCACUCGGGGCUCUGGAGGACGUGCUGCCUGGAAGGAACCUUCCGAGGAGUGUGCAAGAAAAUCGACCACUUCCCUGAGGAUGCAGACUACGAGCAAGACACAGCCGAGUAUCUCCUCCGUGCGGUGAGAGCGUCCAGCAUCUUCCCCAUCCUCAGCGUGGGGCUGCUGUUCUUCGGGGGCCUGUGCGUGGCCGCCAGCGAGUUCUACAAGAGCAAACACAACGUCAUCCUCAGCGCCGGCAUCUUCUUCGUCUCUGCAGGUCUCAGCAACAUCAUCGGGAUCAUAGUCUACAUCUCGGCCAACGCGGGGGACCCGGGGCAGAGCGACUCCAAGAAGAGCUACUCCUACGGCUGGUCCUUCUACUUCGGGGCGCUGUCCUUCAUCAUCGCCGAGAUGGUGGGGGUGAUCGCCGUGCACAUGUACAUCGAGAAGCACCGCCAGAUCCGCGCCAGGUCCCACUCGGAGCUGCUGAAGAAGUCGGCCUUCACCCGCCUCCCCCCCUACAGGUACCGCUUCCGCCGGCGGUCCAGCUCCCGCUCCACCGAGCCCCGCUCCCGGGACAUGUCGCCCAUCAGCAAAGGGUUCAGCACCAUCCCCUCCACCGACAUCUCCAUGUUCACCCUCUCCAGGGAUCCCUCCAAGGUCACCAUGGGGACGCUGCUCAACUCGGAGCGGGACCACGGUUUUUUACAGGUCCAUAACUCCAUCCCCAAAGAGUUCAAGGAGUCUUUGCACAACAACCCGGCCAACAGACGAACCACGCCGGUCUGAGGCGGGCUGGGCCGCGGGCGGGCUGCAUGGCAUCACCCUCGUGACGGUGUAACCUGUGAAACCCCGUUUUUAAGGACAAACCCGGAGGCUCCCCGCGCCCCUGCCCGCGGGGCUGGUUUUUCACUCCUGAAACGCCACCGGCCGGGCCUGCGGUGGGAGCGGGACCCCCGGCGGGGAGGGGACGGGGCCGCGCCGGGACCCCGGCCCCGGUGCCCUGCGGACUGAGCGGGCUCCAACCCCCGGGACAGCGGCUUCCCGAGGUCUCCAUCGUUCGUGUGAUCAUAACCGCAGUGUUCCCAUAGCUGUGUGUCCAUGGAAAUGCUGGCGAUAGCCCCGUCCGUGAGAACCCUUAACCCGGUAGUUACACUUAAGUGGAAUCGCCUGGAAGUCUGGAGCUGGAAGCACUGAGUUAGUGCCGGAGCGAUGAUGCUUGUGUUCCGAACCCCUUUCCCCGUCGUGCUGGAUGGAGUGCUCGGGCUGGGCUCCUCUAUGGCGUUUCGUGCAUGCAUUAAAUAGCUUGGAAUUCAA